CCACUCCCAGAUUGCGUUGUGAGAGACGUCAGCUGGCGAGACUUCGUCCGCGCCGCCAGUCGCUGCCGCCGAAGCAGCGUCGCCUCCGAAGACGGUAUACCUGGACGCCGACGCAGUCUGAACAGCACCGUGCACUAGACGGCAGUGCACAUGGGAUGCGUAGAGUCUUGUGACGCAGACGAGGUAGACAGUCGAGCAGCCAUGUCCACGUACCAGCCCCCUCCUCCCCCCGGUAGCGACCAGUACGUGCCACCGCCUCCACCAUCGGACCAGGUAGACAGCUACCAGCCACCCGCGGGCACCUUCUACAGCCCACCACCGGCACCGGACACCGUAGACUCAGCGACCACCUACCAGCCGCCCACAUUCAGUUACCAGCCGCACAGCUACACGCAAGGCAGUACUUACGUGCCGCCAGCGCACCCCGGAGACAGCUACCAGCCGCCCAGCGAGCCGGCCUUCUACAGCCGAAGCAGCGCCGGCGACACGUAUUCACCGCCUCCCGCACAGGGUGGCGACACGUACUGCCCGCCAUCCCAUCCAGGGUACGACGCCCCGCAGGACUGCUACGUGCCUCCGCCAGUCCCAGAGGACUGAUACAAAUAAAACUUUACACAGUG